CAGCAGCAGUGUGUCUCAGUGCUGGAGUCAGCGAGCUGCUGCUGGUGCGUGUGUUAGCAGCACGCCCUGAUAGAUAUCAGACAUAGAUACCAUCGGCCCUGCAGGCGAGCACUAGGAUCUGUUAGAUAUCUCUUUCUCUUAAGGUACCGGAGACAGGCUGACCAAUGCGACCGAAACAACUCCACAUAUACCCCAGGAUAUUUCCGACUCGUUUGCAUAGGAACUUUCAUUUGUCCCCCGGAGUCUUUUCUAUCUGUCGCCAAUAAGUUUACCUGGAAUUCCCGCCUGUCUGCCUGCCUGCCUGCCGGUCCGGGCUGGGUGCAGACAGAAGAGAACACCGUCUGAUUGUAGCGGUCAUAUCAAACCAACUGGCUGGUGAUCAUGAGCAUGAAAACGCGCGGCUGGAUUUUCCACAUGUUUCUCUGCUUGGGAAUAGUGUAUUUGAAAAUAGGGGUUUUUUCGUCCGUGGUGGCAUUAGGCGCGGGUAUCAUCUGUAACAAGAUCCCGGGUUUAGCUCCACGACAGCGGACGAUCUGUCAGAGCCGACCCGACGCAAUCAUAGUGAUCGGAGAAGGAGCUCAGAUGGGCAUCAAUGAGUGCCAGUUUCAGUUUAAAAACGGACGGUGGAACUGUUCUGCCCUGGGAGAGAGGACCGUAUUUGGAAAAGAGCUGAACGUGGGUAGUAAGGAGGCAGCUUUUACCUACGCCAUCAUCGCCGCAGGUGUGGCCCAUGCCAUCACAGCAGCGUGUACCCAGGGGAACCUGUCCGACUGUGGCUGUGAUAAGGACAAGCAGGGGACCUACAGCCAGGACGAGGGCUGGAAGUGGGGAGGCUGCUCGGCUGACGUGAGCUAUGGCCUGGGGUUCUCUAAGGUCUUCAUAGACGCGAGAGAGAUCAAACAGAACGCCAGGACCUUAAUGAACCUCCACAACAACGAGGUGGGACGCAAGAUCCUGGAGAAGAGUAUGCAUGUGGAGUGUAACUGUCAUGGAGUGUCAGGAUCCUGCACCACUAGGACGUGUUGGACCACGCUGCCUAUGCUCCGCCAGCUGGGCUACAUGCUGAGGGACAAGUACAACCAGGCCGUGCACGUAGAACCGGUACGCGCCACGCGACACAAACGACCCACCUUCCUGAAGGUCAAGAAGGCCCACACCUACAGGAAGCCCAUGGACACAGACUUGGUGUACGUAGAGAGGAGCCCUAACUACUGCGAGGCUGACCUGGUCACGGGCAGCAUGGGUACCCACGGGAGGUCAUGUAACAAGACAGCCCAACAGACUAAUGGCUGUGACCUGAUGUGUUGUGGACGAGGUUACGACACUCACCAGUACUCUAGAGUCUGGCAGUGCAACUGCAACUUUCUCUGGUGCUGCUAUGUGAAGUGUAAUACCUGCAGAGAGAGGACAGAGGUAUACACCUGUAAAUGAGAGUUAUAUGUGGGUUACAGUGUCUUAUCAUUUAGGGGUGUGGAGACUUCACUAUUCUCUUUAGUAUCUUAUCAUUUAGGGGGGUGGAGACUUCACUAGUCUCUUUAGUAUCUUAUCAUUUAGGAGGGUGGAGACUUCACUAGUCUCCUUAGUAUCUUAUCAUUUAGGGGGAUGGAGACUUCUCCUUAGUAUCUUAUCUCAUACAUCUCUCCCCAGAACCUAAUCCAGCAACCUAAUCCAGGUCUGAGAGAGAGAGGCAUAUUUCAGUGAUAGGGAUGUCUGUGGCUGACAUGGAUGUUACAAUGACAGGAGUGGAGAGUAAGAGAUGUAUGGUAUCUUCUGGUCUGUUCAUGGACAUACUGUUUACUCUUUUGACCCAGAGCAGGACAGUACUAAAUGUGCUACUGGACUACUACAACACUGGACUACUAUUGUACAAACUCCCUGCUCCUUCAGUCACAAGCUGCUCCUUCGAGCCGGAUGAUAGACUGCCCUUAUCACUGCUUUAAUGGCCCGGAACUGGACAAUAGAACGAAAUGAUACACGCUGUGAUUUACUGGAGCUAGCUAUGUGAACUCAAGUUUAUACACUGGACCUGUACUUACUGUAAGAGUGGAAGAUGAUUUGUAACGUUUAUGCAACUAGCUACAUCACAUUCAAACUUGAAAAAUCUAACGGUCUUAAACUAAUUUAACAGAAUACACCACGGCCAAUCAGAUGCAGCUUCUUCUCGAUGAAGGAGUUAGUUCUGUGAAUCUGAUCGAUUCACAUAAAAUAAGUAGUUUUGGGACAAAAAGAGCUACAAGAUUGUUAACUGCUGAACUGGAGGGUCAGGGUGUAUUUCUAUUUAUUAUGGAUCCCCAUUAGUUCCUGCCAAGGCGGCAGCUAGUCUUCCUGGGGUUUAUUAUGGAUCCCCAUUAGUUCCUGCCAAGGCAGCAGCUACUCUUCUUGGGGUUUAUUAUGGAUCCCCAUUAGUUCCUGCCAAGGCAGCAGCUACUCUUCCUGGGGUUUAUUAUGGAUCCCCAUUAGUUCCUGCCAUGGCAGCAGCUACUCUUCCUGGGGUUUAUUAUGGAUCCCCAUUAGUUCCUGCCAUGGCAGCAGCGACUCCUCCUGGGGUUUAUUAUGGAUCCCCAUUAGUUCCUGCCAUGGCAGCAGCGACUCCUCCUGGGGUUUAUUAUGGAUCCCCAUUAGUUCCUGCCAUGGCAGCAGCUACUCUCCCUGGGGUUUAUUAUGGAUCACCAUUAGUUCCUGCCAAGGCAGCAGCUACUCUUCCUGGGGUUUAGAUGACUAACCUUACUGGCUGUGUCUCUGAUCUUACUGAGUUUUAUCUUACUGACUGUUUACUGAGGGUCAGCUUUACUGACUGUUGCCUUACUGACUUUUACCUUACUGACUGUUUACUGAGGGUCAGCUUUACUUACUGUUGCCUUACUGACUGUGUCUCUGAUCUUACUGACUGUUUACUGAGGGUCAGCUUUACUGACUGUUGCCUUACUGACUGUGUCUCUGAUCUUACUGACUGUUUACUGAGGGUCAGCUUUACUGACUGUUGCCUUACUGACUUUUACCUUGCUGACUGUUUACUGAGGGUCAGCUUUACUGACUGUUGCAUUACUGACUGUUUACUGAGGGACAGCUUUACUGACUGUUGCCUUACUGACUGUUUACUGAGGGACAGCUUUACUGACUGUUUACUGAGGGUCAGCUUUACUGACUUUUAUCUUACUGACUGUUUACUGAGGGUCAGCUUUACUGACUUUUAUCUUACUGACUGUUUACUGAGGGUCAGCUUUACUGACUGUUGCCUUACUGUUUGUUACCUGUCCUGCCAAGACUAAACCAUUCUUAUUCCAAAAUACGUUUUUCCCGUUGUUGACAUUGUUUAAUAGAAUAUAUUUUGUAAGAGACUAUUUUUAUAUGCAUAUUUUAUUUAUUUCUUUGUGUAAAUAUACCCUCCUCUCAGCCCCUGUUGUAACUGUUGGAGUUCAGUAAAGACAGGACAAUAAGGUAGGUAGAGUUUGGUUAGGUAAUGUUUUAUCAUGUCUGAUGGUGACAAAGUUUGACCAAAGACCAAAUGAAACACAACAUGUCUGACUCUAAAGAACCUGCAACCAGGACGUCAUCCUGAUUACAGGGAGCUUCAUACUGAACUGAUAUUUUACCAAACUGAUAAUAGUUGAUGUCUGUAUUGUCAUGUCUGAUCUAACAGACAUAUGAUGUUCUGUUUCAGUGUUAAUAAACCAACAGAUAAAGGUUA